CUGUGCCAUCUCCCAACAAAUGGACGUGACAGGCUACCGCCAGAGAGCGAGAAAAGCUAUAGCCGCUCCCGUACUCGAGAAAUUGUCUUCUUUCUUUUUAAACGACCUCUCAUUAUAAAAAUACAGCGAUAAACUGCGACCUUAAACGUGAGGCGCGCAUUCAACAGUGCGCGCUGCGGAGCCGAAGUAGCGGACCUGCUGGAAGCUACGCUGUUUAAACAAGGUGGAGCAGCGAGUGAAUCCAUCGACUGGUGAGGACAACACGCCUCUUCAACACAACAGAAAUAAUACUUAUAUAGUUUAAUCCGCCAGGACUGUCGAGGAAAUCGUGACUUGUUGCGGAGUUUGCAAGAAAAUGAGAUUUUUACGCACAGAUAAAAGGAUGACGCGCAAUUCCAGCCAUGAACGCGCACCGUGAGGCGCACGACUGACGCCUUCAUUUCAAAAGAAGUUUUUAUUAUUGUGCUUGCGUCUGCUGUCGACUAAACUUUUACGUCCUUGCCUUGGUAAAGCCAGAUGAGAAGGCUGAGAGCAGCGGAAGGUGGUUGACUUAAUAUGGCUGUGCCGCUGGGGCAUCAGGGGGCGCUGGCCGGAGCUCCCCAAAGCGCCUGAAUCCCUGUUGAGUUGAUUGUUUUGGGGGGUUUGGCAGGUGACCAGAAGCCGAUAAUGCCGAAGAACAGGGAUAAAUUCAACCCGGACCCGUCCAUCCACAUAUCCAAGAUGAAUGUGAUCAUCCCGUUUUCAUCAGAUGUGCCCUGUGACAGCAACGGCCAGCGGAUGUGGUGGGCUUUCCUCGCCUCUUCCAUGGUCACUUUCUUUGGGGGUCUCUUCAUAAUCCUCCUGUGGAGAACUCUCAAAUACCUGUGGACUGUGUGCUGCCACUGUAACACCAAGAAGAAGACAGUCCAUCGGCUCACCACAGGUGAUGGCAUCAAGCGCACUGACAAGGAUGACCCGGCGGCCAGCGAGGUGGGCUGGAUGACCUCGGUCAAAGACUGGGCUGGAGUCAUGAUAUCCGCUCAGACACUGACAGGAAGAGUCCUGGUGGUGCUCGUAUUUGCUCUCAGCAUUGGAGCCCUUGUUAUAUACUUCAUAGAUUCCUCUGAUCCUAUCGAGUCCUGUCAGAACUUCUACAAAGACUUAACGUUGCAGAUCGACAUGGCGUUCAACGUGUUCUUCUUGCUGUACUUCGGCCUCCGUUUUAUUGCUGCCAAUGACAAGCUGUGGUUCUGGUUGGAGGUGAACUCAGUGGUGGACUUCUUCACGGUCCCUCCGGUGUUUGUUUCGGUGUACCUGAACAGGAGCUGGCUCGGCUUGAGAUUUUUAAGGGCCUUAAGGUUGAUACAGUUCUCAGAAAUUUUACAGUUUUUGAAUAUACUAAAGACAAGCAACUCAAUAAAGCUGGUGAACCUUUGUUCAAUCUUCAUAAGCACAUGGCUAACUGCAGCAGGCUUCAUUCAUUUGGUGGAAAACUCAGGGGAUCCUUGGGAAAACUUCCAAAAUUCCCAGGCACUUUCUUACUGGGAAUGUGUCUACUUACUCAUGGUUACUAUGUCCACUGUUGGCUAUGGAGACGUUUAUGCAAAAACCACCCUGGGCCGCCUGUUUAUGGUCUUCUUCAUCCUUGGUGGUUUGGCCAUGUUUGCGAGCUACGUCCCUGAAAUCAUAGAGUUAAUAGGAAACCGCAAGAAAUAUGGUGGUUCCUAUAGUGCUGUUAAUGGGAGAAAGCACAUCGUGGUCUGUGGUCAUAUAACACUUGAGAGUGUGUCCAACUUUCUAAAAGACUUCCUACACAAGGACAGGGACGAUGUCAAUGUAGAAAUUGUUUUUCUCCAUAAUAUUUCCCCUAAUCUUGAGCUGGAAGCCUUGUUCAAACGACACUUCACCCAGGUGGAGUUUUACCAAGGGUCUGUCCUAAACCCACACGACCUGGCCAGAGUCAAGAUUGAAUCAGCUGAUGCUUGUUUGAUCUUAGCCAACAAAUACUGUGCGGACCCUGAUGCUGAGGAUGCAUCAAACAUCAUGAGGGUAAUAUCUAUCAAAAACUACCAUCCAAAGAUCAGAAUAAUCACUCAAAUGUUGCAGUACCACAAUAAGGCCCACCUUUUGAACAUCCCAAGCUGGACCUGGAAGGAGGGAGAUGACGCCAUUUGUCUUGCGGAGCUGAAGCUCGGUUUCAUCGCCCAGAGCUGCCUGGCUCAGGGCCUCUCCACCAUGUUGGCCAACCUUUUUUCCAUGAGAUCCUUCAUCAAGAUUGAGGAAGACACGUGGCAGAAGUAUUACCUUGAAGGAGUAGCCAAUGAGAUGUACACGGAGUACCUGUCAAGUGCCUUUGUGGGCUUGUCCUUCCCUGUUAUUUGCGAACUCUGCUAUGUGAAGCUAAAGCUACUACUGAUAGCUAUAGAGUACAAGUCUGAUAUAAGGGAAAGCAGCACGCUGAUAAACCCUGGAAACCACGUGAAAAUGCAGGAGGGGACCUUGGGCUUCUUCAUUGCCAGCGAUGCCAAAGAAGUAAAGAGGGCACUGUUUUACUGUAAAGCCUGCCAUGAUGACAUUACUGAUCCCAAAAGGAUAAAGAAAUGUGGAUGCAAGAAAUCCAAGACGGCCGCCUACAAGAAAAUCAGACUGGCAUGUUGUUUUGAUUGCGGCCGCUCAGAGCGGGACUGCUCUUGCAUGCCAGUUAAUGUGCGUUGUAACAUGGACUCCCCUCAACGCGACAUCCCACUCUCUGCUGUCUCUGUUAAUGAUUGCUCAGCCACUUUACGUGCCUCUAAAAAUAGCUAUAAUGGAUAUAUCAAAUCAAUUGAAGAGGACCAACAGCUGGCAUUAUCGCCUAAAAAAAAGCAACGAAAUGGAAACAUGAGGAAUUCUCCAAACUCCUCACCCAAGAUAAUGAGACAUGACCCGCUCUUCAUCCCUGGGAACGAGCAGAUUGAGAGCAUGGACGAGAACGUAAAGAAAUACGACUCCACGGGGAUGUUUCACUGGUGCCCGUCCAAAGACAUCGAGAAGGUCAUCUUGACCCGGAGCGAGGCAGCCAUGACUGUUCUGAGCGGUCACGUGGUCGUGUGCAUAUUUGGAGAUGUGAAAUCGGCGUUGAUCGGCCUCCGAAACUUUGUCAUGCCGCUGAGAGCGAGCAACUUUCACUACCAUGAGCUGAAACACAUCGUGUUUGUCGGCUCCCUUGAGUAUCUGAAGCGGGAGUGGGAGACUCUUCACAAUUUUCCAAAAGUCUCCAUUCUACCUGGCACACCGUUGAGUCGUGCAGAUCUGAGGGCUGUCAACAUUAACCUCUGCGACAUGUGUGUCAUUCUGUCAGCGAAUCAGAACAAUAUUGACGAUGCAUCACUGCAGGACAAAGAAUGCAUCUUGGCGUCACUCAACAUCAAAUCCAUGCUGUUUGACGACAGCAUCGGGGUCUUGCAGGCUAAUUCCCAAGGCUUCACACCACCAGGGAUGGAUAGAUCCUCUCCUGAAAACAGCCCAGUCCAUGGAUUAGUAAGGCAGACUUCUGUCACAACUGGAGCAAAUAUUCCCAUCAUAACAGAACUAGCACCAUUAGCAAAGCCAGGCAAAAAACUGCCUGUGAUUUCAUUCAGUCAGGAUAAAAGCAGUGGGACCAGCAUACAAAUAAUAACUGAGCUGGUGAAUGACUCGAAUGUUCAGUUCCUGGACCAAGAUGAUGAUGACGACCCAGACACAGAGUUAUACCUCACUCAGCCUUUUGCAUGUGGGACAGCCUUCGCAGUCAGUGUGCUGGAUUCCUUAAUGAGUGCUACAUACUUCAAUGAUAAUAUCCUCACCUUGAUCCGGACGCUGGUAACAGGCGGGGCGACGCCAGAGCUGGAGGGGCUGCUGGCAGAGGAGAAUGCAUUACGAGGCGGCUACAGCACGCCACAGACCCUGGCGAACAGGGACAGGUGUCGUGUGGCACAGCUGGCCUUGUACGACGGGCCCUUUGCAGACCUUGGGGAUGGCGGUUGUUAUGGUGACCUGUUUUGUAAAGCCCUGAAAACAUACAACAUGCUGUGCUUUGGUAUCUAUCGGUUAAGAGACGCACAUCUAAACAAUCAGAACCAAUGUACCAAACGGUAUGUCAUAACCAAUCCACCAUAUGCGUUUGAGCUGGUGCCCUCAGACCUGAUAUUCUGCCUGAUGCAGUUUGACCACAACGCUGGCCAGUCUCGAACCAGCCUCUCCCACUCUUCACAUUCAUCCCAUUCCUCCAGCAAAAAGAGCUCCUCCGUCCACUCUAUCCAAACCACCAACCGCACCAACCGCACUAAAAGCAGGGACUCGAGAGACAAACAAAAUGCAUCAAGGAUGAAUAGAGUGGGCCAAGAAAAGACAUGGUUUACAGAUGAGCCAGAGGAUACCCACCUGAGGACCAUACAGAUCAAGCCUGUGAAUACACUCGCCGUCAACCAAGUCAGUCAGUAUAAAUCCACAAGCAGCUUGACUCCACCCAUCAGAGAAGCAGAAGACGAGUGCUGAGCUCCAGAACUGCACUGACACCUGAAUGCUUCCCAGAAGACUUAGUGUGUAGGUGUCGGACUGGGACUCAGGAUAUCUUCUCAUCUUCAAACACAAAUCAUCCAUUAACAUUAGAAGGGACAAACCAUACUGCUUUCUUCAUUCACAUAUGCAGCAAGCCUAUUGUACAAGCAGAUUUAGAAACGUACAUGAAAUAUACAUGAAGACAAUCAUGGCCAAACGUCGCAACCACUCAUCUAUUAGCUUGUGCAGCUAAUCUUUAGUGGUGACCAGACUCCAUGACUUUUUUGUUCCAUUUUGGGGAAUGAGGGUCACUUGAAGGAGAACAGCAAUGUAAAAAUUCAAAGUACUACUACAAGAGGGGAUUAUUAUGAUAACUUGAUCAAGUUUUGCAAUUGUAAAAGUUGCCUUUUUAGCUGUUGAUGAAGAACUACUACUACUGCAUUUAUUAUACCCAGUGUUGCAGUAUUCUGUACAGUAUGUUAAAAUGUGUAUUUUACAUCCAGCUGCAGUCCCACCACAAUGGCGUUAAGUGACUGACUCUCAGUGAUUCCUUUGCCAUUUGGAGCUAAUUCACAACAUUUGUGACAGUUAAGAUGGCCAGUGUCCAUGUGUAAAUGGCAUUUGGCUCCAGCCUUAUCUCUAUCCAUUUAUAUUUGUCUUAUCUUUGCCUUUUUGAGUCGUUUGUUGUUAAUGUUUUCAUGUCACUGUCUGGUUGCAAUGUCCAAAACCCCAGAAAUCUUAAUAAGUAAAGCUUUUGAGUAUCUGCAACAUUUCUCCAGGGGUAAAAACUUUAGGAAUAUUCUUUUCUUCUUUUUUUUUAUCAAUAGCCAAAUAUGAUGGAGCUGUUUUGUAUAUUAGAAAAUAACCAAAAAUCUCACACAGUUUCUAAAAGUGACAGAUCUAAUAAUUUACUUAAGACACAAUAGACAGUAAAGCCAAAUACUAUGAUAUUGCAUGGCACCCUAUUAAAAGUCUGUAGCUUAGUUGAAUGUGAAAGCCACAUAUCGCAUGAAGUGGGCAUCUUUAAGUCCUCCUUUGGCUAUAAGCACUGCUUGACACAGGAUUGUCUUGGAGGCCAUUAAGUGCUUAUAUGUACUCCAUGACCAAUCUUAAUGCCAUAAUCAGACAUGUUCAUGCCUGACAUGACAUAUUUUUUAGAUACUUGAAAAACAGCUCUAUCAUAAAAAGUGAUUUUGGCUAUUUUUGUGUUCUGAUAGAUUCUAUUUUGUUCGUAAACCAUCUUGGUGAUCAAUAUCAUAUCCGAUAUAAUGUCCACACGUCUAAUGAAACACGGGUCAUUUGUUUCAGUUUGUAAGAGCAUGAGACCAGAAUGCAGAGCUAAUAGUGGUUAUUAAUCUUGUCUUAUUUAAAUAAUACAACAUAGCUAUAUUGGCACUGUAGUCAUUUUACAUCAGAAUCAAUGAAGGGGAAAGAAAAGUUAAUAAAAAUUAAAAAAAACAACCCAAGCAAUCCUUAAAAUCCUUAAUCCACAGAGGAUGUGUCACAGUCCAGCCAAGGAUACAUGUUGGAUGUGAAAAGAGAGAGGUUGUGACAUUUUUACUGGCACAGAGAGCAUCAAAACUGCCCAUUCCUCAGUGCCAGUAAUGUGCCAGGCAGUGCCGAAGCCAAGGGAGGACUCCAGAAGACCCACUGCUGCGAAAAGAGGCUUCUAGUUUAGCUGGAUUGAGCACAAAUUCACUUUUGCUGUGAGACUGAGAAAUGUACUCUUUGCUUUCCAUCUUGCCAGCUUAGAGACCAUUCUUUUAAAAAUGCAUCGUUGAAUUUGUUAUUAUGAGGCUGUAAUUCCCUGAAGAUAACUAGAACUCUAAUAAAUAAUUUGAAGUCUUAAAACAAUUUUUAAAUGACCCAUGGUCAAUAGCAGAUCCUUCUGCAAUUAAUUUUUAUGUACUCUUCAAAGAAAUCUUUAAAGCUUAAUGUAAAAUAUUUCUUUCUAGUGUGUUCUUGUUAGACAGUACCUGUGGGGUAUAGAGACAUUCAGCAUUGCAGUCUAGUUUGUAUUAUUUUGUGAUAUUUUUUUUAGCACAUGACUUGUGGAUACAAUGACAGUGCUAAGUUGAUUUUCUGACUAUGUCAUAAUACCCAAUAAUAAAUACAGUUUAUUGUCUUGUACAAAUAGGCUUGUACAUAAAUUGUACAUGAUUUCAUUUUGUAUUUUCACAAAUUAAAAGCUGAUGUAUUGUGUUCUA